AUGACUUUCCGAUUGAAAAGCUUCUAUUUUCAGUACAAACGAGCAGAAGGUGGUGUCUUUCGAUGGGUACGUCACGCAGCAACCACACAACAAUUACCAAACACCUGCUCCGGCUACAAGGCUCAAGUCCAAUCCAUCAAGAUCGAGACUCCUGGACACAUCCUUCGGAAUCUUGCUCGAGUUAUUGCCAUUCGUCAGAAGUGCGCUAGGUUCUACAUCGGAAAGCGCGACAAAGACACACAGAGGGAAGCUGCCAUCCGCAGUCAUCUGCACUGGAUCAAAUUCCUGAAUGAGAUCUAUCGCAUGCUUGCCACGUCCAAAUCCAACAAUCCCGCGCAGGCUGCUACUGGCGAAACCAAAAAGGAUUCGAAGCCGAUCAAUCUUCCAAGAAACACCUGUUCUAUCAACUCAUUCGAGGUGCUCGAAGUCCAUGUGAUAAUGGAAGGGCUCGAAGAAGAGUCUCCUCCCAAGGAAGUGCUUGCCAGACCUGAAUCAGAUCCGCCGAUUCCAGAAGAAGCUGAAGACAAAUACUUUGAGCUAUGGUGCCAUCAAGAGUUUUUACAAUCUUCGCGUGAUGGACUCAAGAGAAUGCUGGACAAUGUCAAGGUCAGCAAAGGCAGUAUAGACGCGGCUGGCCUGAUCGUUCAUACCGUCCUUCAACAUGUGAUCCAGACCGAUCACGACUUUGGCAUCCGGCACCCACAGUUUACCAACCACAAGAUGGUGUGCGAAGCUUCAAAUAUUUCGGUGGCCUCCCUUGGUAUGCCCUUGGAUGAGGAGGGGAAAUCCCUGACUGCCACAGAGAAGGCCCAGGUUGCUGAAAGUGGCUGCAACUCCAUCCAGCUCUGGCUGUAUGCGCAUCAUCUACCAAAGUCGGGGAAAACCGCCCUCAAAUGUUUACCUCAGAUCUCUUGGUGUGCUGUUGUUGCACGAUACAUGCCCGAAGUGAUGAAGUUGUCGUCUCCACGGAUCUCGACUUCUCACCACUUUAUGCCGCUCACGUUGAUAUCGCUCGCACUCAAGGCAAGAAAUUAUCCUUCUUGUGUGCCAUUUAUCGUCGAGGUCUUGGAGCAUGUUCACAGAACGUUUGGUCAGUGCGGCAAGCUACUCUAUACCACACUCGAAAGACUUGUCACCAACAUGGAGCGUUAUCUUGACAUCACCGACAAGAUCGAAGGCGACAUGAAGGUGACCAGAAAGUCAUUGGAACCCGACAUCAAGGCUGCUGCCGAACUUCUCAAGACCUCUUCGCCUCAAGAGCUUGAAUUCCGUCAGUCAAUGGUUGUGGCGUUAGGUACAAUGAUAAGACACAUUUCGUUGGACACAUACCAACUGGGGCUCGUCAUCAACUCCUGCGAGGCCACGCUCUUGAGUGUAGCUCAUCUCUACUGCGCAGCAAAGUCGCAUGAUUUGCUGAGUGAGACUUGGCCUGACAUGGAACAUUUCUUGGGAACUUAUGCGACUGGAAAGGUCAACCCUAAAGGCAAAUCCUACUGCCUGACAUAUCGCUCGCGCUGUCCUCCCAAAUCUAUAUGGUCUUCCUUCCUCCUCGGAAUUGGAGUCCCUUUCGGCCAAAUCUCAAGAAACAUCUUACCAAAUGACCUCGAAAAGCUCCGAAACAAGGAAUACACCAUUGCACCAACUUCUAUGGUUGUUGCUGAGAUCUUUUGCCAGGAAGACAUCGAAAAGCGAGCAGGUAGCGAAGCCGACGGUGCAGACAUGCUCGACAUGUAUUAUCGCUUAACAGGCUCGAAGACUCCGUGUGUCAAUGAACUUCUGGCAAAGAUGGUUGAGUUUGAAAAGCAACAAGAUGAGCUUAUCCAUUUUGAUACAGUUCCAAUGUUUGUACUGGCCGACGAGAACAUCGCUACAAGCACCAAGACCAGUCUUGAAGUGGUUGGCGAAAUCUUGAAAAGCUUUGCUGCUACAGAGGACUCUUCAAGACUCAGGGCUUUCUGGGCCAACCUUACCCCCCAUAUUCGAGAGCAUGGAAGAGAUGGCUUGAAGGGGUUGGAGGCGUGGAAAGAGAUCUCUUCUCUUUACGGAUCUGGAAGUGAGAAGCAGAACGUUGCAGAGAAGCAAGCGACCGAAUGGGUUCUCCAGAUUCUGCGAGGGGAGCAAAGCAAACUGCCAGAUUACAUGGAGAAGUAUCUCUUGGAUCUUUGA